CCUCCACUUAACCCUCUCAUCCAUCUCUCGGCCUCUCACUCGAAUCAUUCACAAAGCGUACAAUUCACAAACACGUACUUAUUAUUCUCUCUCUCUCUUCAAACCCUACGAAGAUCUUCUUCUUCAAGAAUCGAUCAUGAAAGGAGGUAAAUCGAAAGCUGAAACCAGGAGCUCAAAGCUCUCUGUGACUAAGAAGCCUACUAAGGGAGGCAAAGGUGCUGCUAAGGAUCCUAACAAACCUAAGAGGCCUUCAAGUGCCUUCUUCGUUUUCAUGGAAGAUUUCCGUGAGACUUACAAGAAGGAGCACCCCAAGAACAAAUCUGUCGCUGCUGUUGGCAAAGCUGGUGGUGAAAAGUGGAAAUCCUUGUCAGAUUCCGAGAAAGCUCCUUAUGUUGCUAAGGCUGACAAGCGCAAAGUUGAGUAUGAGAAGAACAUGAAAGCAUACAACAAGAAACUGGAGGAAGGUCCAAAGGAAGAUGAGGAAUCUGACAAGUCUGUUUCAGAGGUCAACGACGAGGAUGAUGCUGAGGAUGGGAGUGAAGAGGAGGAAGAUGAUGACUGAGAGAAGCUGGAAGUUGUGGGUAGCAUAAUAUAGAAGGCUGCAAGGAAUCUCUCGGAUGUUUUUUUUUUUAUCUUCUCUUAAAAAUGUUAAUGAGGCUGGUUAAAAGUGGGUCUAUUUCCUUUUUUUUUUUUCAACUGAUGUUUCUAUUUAGUAAUCUACUACUAUCUCCCACUGAUUCUACGUGUAAUGGCAAAAAAGGUGAAUGUAGAAUGUUUUAGAUGGUCAAUGAGAGAAAGAUUUGCAGCUCUA